CUAGUACAGGUGCUUCUCUUCAACUUAUAAAAAUGGAUGAAAGCCGAGGUAUUAUAGAAAAUUGCAAAAGGAUCUGUAAUAAGGUUAGAGUUGAAGCAUUAGUUAUAAAGGAAUCUGAUUUUGAUGCGGUUGCUACUUCCCAGAAUCUCAGUCCUGAAGAAGCCAAAAUUCAUAAGUUUGAUCAAGAACGCUCUAUUCCAGAUACUAUGGCUCUUAAACGUUUCUAUAUGCGGAAUCUUUAUGAUAAAGACAUGAAUAUAGAAGAUUGGAAUAAUCUAUCUGAAGAGAAUUUAGAAAAAUCAAUAGUAGAGGACUUAUGUAAAACUUAUUCAGCUAAUCAUUGGAAAGUUAUAAAAGAACUCUUUAAGAUAUUGGGUUUUACUGGUAUUAAUGAUAAGCGUGUUCUUCCUGGCAAUAUUAUAUCAGAAGCAUUCAUACAAUCCUGUAAAAGGUUUAUAGAAAUCUGA